GGGAUGAAGAAAACUUUCCAUAUAUGUAGAAGAAUCUUGCAAAGAUUGCACCUCACACCUCCAUCGAAGACAUGGCUUCUAAAUUCUUGUAAGCAUUUCGUCGAACACCUUCAGUGUCUAAAAUUCGCACGCAAAAACACCCUUAUCAGGUACUCUGUUUCCGUAUGAAGUGGAGAUAGAAACGGGUAACCCAUUUACGAAACAGAAAACAAAUGUAAAAAAAUCGAUGCAUGUGUGAAGAAAACGUGCCCUUCUUCUCUCUUCUGUUUCGGUUUUGUCUUUAGCAAAAGAUCCAAAGUUCUACCAUUCGAACACCCAAGUCAAAGAUUCAAUAUUUUCAUUGAACCACCAUGUCAUAUGCUAAUUCAAGAUCUGUAAGAUUUCAAGAUGAAGUUGAACUACCAAAGUUCCAAUCAAUCAACGCCGACGACUUAUUUAAAGUCAAAUACAACAUAGAAGCAAAACAAAUACCAGAAACAAGAAUACCCGAAAAAAGAAUCGAAAAACACACACGACCCUCCUUGAAAUCCAAAGUUCUUUCAAGAGUUUUCUCCGAAGAUUACGAAAGAGUCAAGAAAAAAAUCUUGGAUCCUCGAGAAAAAACGCUUGCAUCGACAUCGGAUUCACCCUCGAAGUCUCUCUCACAAUCAGGUGAGCUUGUUAUAGAUUCUUCCAAAAUAGCAAAAAGAUACAUAAAGGGUGAUCUUUGGAUCGAUUUUGUAGCUGCCCUUCCACUUCCUCAGCUGUUAAUCUGGGUAAUAAUACCGAGCUUAAGUGGUUCAGCCAUGGCGAACACAAAGAACGUUCUUCGUUUCUUUAUCAUCCUUCAAUACGUUCCAAGACUUUACCUUAUCUUCCCUCUCUCCUCACAAAUAGUCGAAGCGACAGGUGUCGUUACAGAAACAGCAUGGGCUGGAGCAGCGUAUAACUUGAUGUUAUACAUGUUGGCAAGCCACGUUGUAGGAGCUUGUUGGUAUCUUUUAGCAGUUGAAAGGCAAGAAGCGUGUUGGAGAAGCAUAUGUGUUGUUGAAGAUCCGAAUUGUAAAGACGAAUUUUUCGACUGUGAAAGAACUAACGAAGCUUCUAGACGUUCAUGGUUCCAAACAAGCAAUCUGACAAAUCAAUGUGUCCCCACUAGCGAGUUUUAUCCGUUUGGUAUCUAUGGGGAUGCACUCGAGUCAGAAGUGACGUCAGCCUUGUUCUUCAACAAGUACUUCUAUUGUCUUUGGUUCGGCUUAAAGAAUCUCAGUUCUUUGGGUCAAAACUUGUCAACGAGCACUUACAUUGGUGAAAUAAUGUUUGCGAUUGUGAUAGCGACUGUGGGUUUGGUUCUUUUUGCGUUGUUAAUAGGAAAUAUGCAGACUUAUCUUCAAUCGACAACGGUUCGAUUAGAAGAAUGGCGGAUCAAGAGAACCGAUACGGAACAAUGGAUGCACCACCGCCAACUGCCGCCGGAGCUCCGCCAGUCUGUCCGGAGAUAUGAUCAAUAUAAAUGGGUGGCAACUCGAGGGGUGGAUGAAGAAUCUCUUCUUAAAGGACUUCCGUUAGAUCUCCGGCGAGAUAUAAAACGUCAUCUUUGUUACGAUCUAGUUCGCCGAGUUCCCUUGUUUGAUCAAAUGGACGAAAGGAUGCUAGACGCUAUAUGUGAGAGGCUACAACCGUCAUUGUGUACUCAAGGGACAUGUCUAGUGCGAGAAGGAGAUCCAGUGAACGAAAUGUUGUUUAUAAUUCGAGGAAACCUAGAUUCCUACACUACAAACGGAGGUCGAACUGGCUUUUACAAUUCAUGCCAGAUCGGUCCAGGUGAUUUUUGUGGGGAGGAGCUACUGACGUGGGCCCUGGACCCACGUCCGAGUGUGGUCCUCCCCUCGUCCACCCGGACAGUUAAGGCAAUAUCUGAAGUCGAAGCUUUUGCACUCAUAGCAGAGGAUUUGAAAUUUGUGGCGUCACAGUUUCGAAGAUUGCAUAGUAAGCAAUUAAGGCAUAAGUUUAGGUUUUAUAGCCACCAGUGGCGGACAUGGGCGGCUUGUUUUGUUCAGGCGGCGUGGCGGCGGUAUAAGAGGAGAAAGAGUGUUAGGGAACUUCAGGCUCGUGAGAGCUUUAAGAGUGUUGAUUAUGAGUCGGGAGCUAGCUUACCGGUGCAUGGUGGUGGGAGUAGAAGGCCCGGAGGGUCGAAACCUGGCGGCGGCGGUGGUGGCUCGUUGCAGAAGCCGACAGAACCUGAUUUUUCUGUAGAAGAGAGGAAUGAUUAUUGAAAGAAAUAGGGAAGUGUGCAAAAAGGGAUAGAAAAAAUUUGUGAAUACGUAGACUUGUUAUGUAUUUUUACUAUGAUUCUUGAAUUAUACGUGGUU